GCAGUAAAACAUCAAAGUUAAAAUUGUCAGUCGUAGAAAUACUUUUGAAAUAUCGAAUUUGAUUUAGUAAUUACUUAAAACAUGAAAUAAAAGUAAUAAAUAGACACAAUUUCAUUAUUGCAAAAUAUAGCGAUAGUAUUAUUGAAGUGGCAUAAGGGUUUUAAAAAUGAGAUUAACAACAAGAUUGCUCUCGUCUGUAGCGCGAAAGAGACCUUUUUACGUUACCACACCAAUUUUUUACGUAAAUGCCGCACCUCAUCUUGGACAUUUGUAUACAGCAUUGGUAGCAGACGCAGUUCAGAGAUUUGAAAAACUCACAAACCCUGAUUGUAAUAUAAUAUUUAGUACUGGUACAGAUGAACAUGGGACAAAGAUCCAACAAGCCGCAGCCAAAGCCAACCUCUCUCCUUCCACAUACUGUGACAAAAUAUCUCAAGAAUACAUAAAUCUGUUCAGAGACUUCAAUAUUAAUUAUACCGAUUUCAUACGGACUACUGAAGAUAGACAUAAGAAGGCUGUGACACAUUUUUGGAAGGAACUUGUAAAACGAGAUUACAUUUACAAAGCAAAAUACUCCGGCUGGUACAGUGUCAAUGAUGAGGCGUUUGUACCUGAGACACAUUUACGUGAGGAUAUUGUGGACGGAGAAAAGGUAAAAGUGUCAAUAGAGUCUGGGCACAGUGUGGAGUGGACAGAAGAAACAAACUAUAUGUUCAGACUGAGUGCAUUCAAAACACAUCUGCAAGAUUGGCUUAAAACAGACGGAGUAGUAACUCCUAGCAGGUUUCAGAAGCAAUUAUUGGAUUAUUUAGACAAGGAAACUUAUUUUCCGGAUAUUUCAGUCAGCAGACCUUCUUCCAGAGUGCACUGGGCUAUUAGAGUGCCAGGUGAUGAUGAUCAGAGUAUCUACGUGUGGCUGGACGCCCUCAUCAACUACCUCUCCGUGAUAGGGUACCCUGACGAGGAGGUGAUGAGGAGGAGCGGCAGACCCUGGCCUGCUGAUGUGCAGGUCGUCGGCAAAGAUAUACUUAAGUUCCACGGUAUCUACUGGCCUGCGUUCCUGAUGGCGGCAGGCCAGUUCCCGGCGCGGCGGCUGCUGGCGCACGCGCACUGGACUGUGGACGGCACGAAGAUGUCCAAGUCUGUAGGCAACGUGGUGGCCCCCGCGCUGGCGGGCGCUCCGCCCCCCGCACUGCGCUACGUGCUGCUCAGAGAGGCCACCAUGGUCUCUGAUGCUAAUUUCAGUGAGACGAAGUUAAUAAACAUAGCUAACUCAGAGUUAGCGGACACGUUGGGGAACUUGGCCGCCAGGUGCUCCGCGCCCGCGCUGCACGCACAGGGGACAGGACACGUCUCUGCCCCGGGCCUCGCGCGCUGCAGGGCAGAGGACAUGGCAGGGAAACUUAUGGACGCCGUCGAGAGACUGCCAGAUUUAUGUCACGUUCACUACAGUAAUUAUCGAUUCUACAAAGCGGCGGACGCUGUCAUACAUGUCCUGCACCUCGCUAAUUUGUUCUUUGAAACGCAAAAACCUUGGGAAUUAAAGAAGAAAAAUGCCCAAGAAGAAUUAGACACAGUUCUAUACAUAACUACGGAAACGUUAAGAAUAUGUGGUAUUAUUUUGCAACCUUUGAUACCAGAUCUGGCAACACAGUUGUUAGAUAAACUACAAGUUCCCAAAGAUAGUAGAAACUGGCAACAUUGUGAAACACCCUCGUGGAAAAUUGGGGAAGUUUUAACUAAAAUACAGCCUGGAAAGUUUGUUUUAUUUCAAAGGAUUUAUACUGAUAAGAAAAAGAAAGUGCAAGUGUAAAAGUGUUUAAUAAUUGUGUUGUGGACGCUUGUAUAGGGGCCGUCCAUAAAUUACGUCAUCGAUUUUUCCAACUUUAGACCUUCCCCCCCUACAAUCAUUCUAUCGUC